AUGCCGCAGCUCGCUGCCGCCGCAAUAGAGGAAGAAAAGCGGCGUCAGAACUUCUUGGAUAGAGACAGGGCGAGCGGCCGCCCGAGCAGGGGUCGGGCGGCAGUCCCGGCGGUUUAUCUGCUGGAGGCUGGGACUCGUGGCGCUCUGCGGGCAGGGAAUAGGAUAACGGCUACAACGACUACGAUUCCACGGGCGGUGGUAAUGGCUACAACGGCCUUUCUGCGCGCCCGAGACACAAGGAAAAAAGGGAUAGAAUCAAAUUACAAAGCUUUGGGUACAGCUCCAAUGGAAGAAGAGUAUUUGAAUGAUUCUGUGGAACCAGAACUACUGGCAUUCAGAGCUAACAGGGCAAAGAUAAGAUAUGCAAAUACAUACAGACUGGAGUCACAUAAGAAAUUUCGAGAUUAUUUAGUAAGAGACAAAGCUCAAGCAAUACUAAUGAAUAAAUUUCAGCAGGCCAAAUAUGAUGCAGUUUCUAGUCCUUCUUUGUGUGCUUCAGUCUCAGAAGAAAUAUUAAAGGCUGUGAAAGAAUUGGACUUCGACCGUUAUAAGUACGUGGUGUCAGUACUGAUUGUGGAAAAGGCAGGUCAGGCAAUGAAUGUUGCCAGCAGAUGGGUCUGGGAUGCUCAAAGAGAUACUUGGGUUUCAGCUAAAUUUGAGACUGAAACAUUUAUUGCACUGGCUUUGAUAAUGGCAUGCUACUAUGACUAG